UCCCCCAAAUACCCUAGCCUAGUGGCGGCGGCGGCGGCCAUGGAUGAGCGGGGCGGCGCCGGGAAGAAGACCCAGGCGUGGCCUUGGUGGGCGGGAGCGACUGCGGCACAGCUGACCACCGGGCUGGUCUGGUUCCGGCGAGGCAAGAGCGGCGGGGACAUGGCGAUGCCGUUCAAGGCGUUCGCCAUCGCCACCCUCUUCGUCGGCGCCGGCGCAACCGCCGUCACCGCGGGAGUGUCCGCGGCUGGCGUGGGAUCGGUGGAGGAGAUGAAGGACUUGGGCGCGAGAAUCCGGAGGUGGAGCAGAGUUCCUCCUCGCCGUGUGGAGGGAAGCGAGUAGUUCCAUUGAUCUGGUCUAGGAAACUAGAGUAGAUUGCUUCCCACGAUCACAUUUGCGAGAUGCAGUGCAAGGUAAUAAGGCACAUCUGUACUCUGUAACUUUGUAGCGAAAGCUUGUUUAAUCAAAUUCGAUCCUGUCUUUCGUGGAACCACCCUGGGAACCACUCCACUUAUCCCCCAAUUGGGAACUCAGCAAACAGCUUGUUUGAAUUUUUUGUUUAAAUUCAUGCAAAUUGCGA